UUGCGUUUGCCCUCGAGCACGCGCCAGCGUCCGGCUGAGGGUCGGAGACUCGAGAGAAGAAGGCUCGAUGCUAGCCGGUGAAGGCGCAGCUUGCAGUGCAGCGGGCAGCAGUUCACUCACGUAGUGCCCAUCAGGCAGGUUCGCUGCCGGAACGGCAGGACCCAUCUAAGGGUGCGGAUAGCUGCAAUAGGCCACGCUAUGGGAAUAUGUCAGCUCCAGGUGGUCGUUAUGCGUGACGACGUAGCAACUGCCACCGAUAGCGCUGUGAGCAAAAAUGCCUAUGAGGAUUACGAAUUAGCAGUGUUCCCUCGAGUCACGAGAAACGCGGCUGGCAGCAGGUGGCCGGCAGCAGAGUCGUGCGGGUCCGGCGGAUGUUUCAUGCAAUUAUGGCACCUCGUCAAACUAUGCUAGGAUGGACACGGUCUAGAACGCUCUCAUUCAAGCGGGACGGCGGGCGCUAUCCGCUCAAUGGAGUGCAAUUGGCCAGCAAGCGACAUGAUUCGUGGGCAACAGGGCUGUCAAAAGCCGGCCUCCCGCUCGUGCAAACUCUCCAGAGACUGCAUCUCAAGAUCAUUGACGAAAGUUUGUGCCACUCACUCCUCCAUGCCUUCCGCAACAUCUCCAUCCUCUUGUUACUCGUAGGCGGUGAGGUCGGUGUCCAAGCCGGCUUUGACAUUGACGGACUGACAGAUGCACAGCCACUCUCAGAGGCCGGCAAGGGUAAUUAGGCCGCUCCCGCCUUGUCGCAUUGUGGUGCGAAUGCGGGUGAGAACUGAUGACCAAGCGAGCUCGUUAGCUUACUGGAAGGUUGUAGCCUGAAGCCGUUGACCGUUCGAGUAUAGCUCAGUACCACCCGUGCACAAUCUCGCA